AUGGUGUUUGACCAGCCACAUAUGCUAACCCCUAGGGAAGAUGUCCUUCUUGUGACCCCUUGGCUGGCUCCCAUCAUUUGCGACAGGACUUUCAACAUUGACAUCCUGAGUGAGCAGUUCCAGCUCCAGAAUGCCACCAUUGGAUUAACGUUUGCCAUAAAAAGAUACAUGAUCUACCUGAACCUGUUCCUGGAGACUGCAGAGAUGUACUUCAUAAUGGGACACAGGGUGAACUACUAUAUCUUCAUUGACCAGCCAGACUAUGUUCCUCACAUUCACCUCCAAAAAGGACGGCAGAUAGUCAUCCUCAAGGUCCAGAGCUAUGUUAGCUGGCAGGAAGUCAUCAUGCACCACAUGGAGAUGAUCAGCAACUUUAUUGAGCAGCGCUUCCAGCAGGAGGUGGAUUACCUCGUGUGUGCAGAUGUGGACAUGAUGUUCAGUGAUCACGUGGGUGUGGAGAUCCUCUCCUCCUUGUUCAGCAUCCUCCAUUCUAACUUCUUUGUGAUAAAUUGGACAAACUUCCCUUAUGAACAGUGGCCUCAGUCACAGGCUUAUAUUCCUGAAGAUGACGGGGACUUUUAUUAUUCAGGGGCCUUAUCUGGGGGGUCGGUGCCGGAGGUUUACAAACUCACCAAGGCCUGCCACGAGGCAAUGAUGGUUGACCAGGCCAAUGACAUCCAGGCCACGUGGCAUGAGGAGAGCCACCUGAACAGAUACCAGCUUUACCACAAACCUACCAAGGUGCUGUCCCCUGAAUACACGUGGGAUGAACAGACAUCAAGGGCUAUCUGGGAUAAGCAAGUGUUAGGCUUGCCUUACAACACAACGCAGAUUAACUAUCAAAUAAUCACCAUGAAAUCAGGA